GAGAGAGAGAGAGAGAAUAGCAUUAAUGAUAAUAAUUACCAAUGACAGCAACAAUGACAACAUUGAUCACAAUACAACAUCAAUAUAUUGAUUUAUCUAUAUUAAGAGACAUACAUCCAUAUACAUAUAAAUACUUCAGUCAGUACAAUGUAAUAAUAUAUGAUCUCAAUAAGUAUAAACUGUAAUUUUCUUCCGUCUGUGAACAAUAUUACCAAAAUUAGGAUGAUUGAAGAAUGGUUAAAGGUAACGUAAGGCAGUAACAGCUCCCAACUACAAUAGUCAGUAAUAAGGCUUUAAUCUUUCAUCAUAUCUGCAGUUGCAAUAUGACUUGCACUGUUCCGAAAUCAAACGGAAAAUUAACUUUUAUAUAUAUCUUGCGAAUUAUGUUUUUUUUCCAAUAUCAUUAUAUCUUACAGAUUUGAAAGAAAGAAAAAUAUGAAAUGAAAUUAUUAGGGUGACGGCAGUUGCAAAAUGUUUGAAAUUUGUGAUUUUGCGAUUCCUUAAAAAAGCGUUAAAUUUUGGCGGGAAACCAGACUUUUUUUCGGUUCCUAUGUUCCGGUGCGAUCGUUAUUCAGUGCUGAAUAUAUACGUCUUUUUAAGAGAAAAAUGGAUAUCAUCCUGUUGGUAUUUCUGUUCAUUUCACAAUUGUGCGUUUAUCUCUGUUGUUUCGUCUGCUUCUGUGAUGGAAUGUCUACGAAGACAGAAGACAGUCAUUCUGACGACGUGGCUGAUGAAGGCACUGACUCUGAUGAUAGCGAGGAAUUUGACAUUUUCAUUGGUGGAAAAGAAGCGGAAAGCAAGAGUGGAAACAAAACUGGAAAUCAGAGCAAAGCUGGCGUUUCAAGGGACGCGCGAUUCGACGAAGAAUCAGACAAGGAAACUGGCAAAGAAAAUGGAGAUGGAUCGGAGGCAGCCGGGGAAGAAAGUAUUAUAGAAUCAGACGAUGAUUUUCACAAAGAAACUGUGGCAGCAAAGGACAUACGGACUAAAGGUGAAUUUCAAACGGACCAAACAACCGCGCAUGAACAUUUUGACGAAGAUUCUGAAUCUGGAAGUGAUAAAUAUUCUAGAUAUAAGAUUCUGAAUCUGAAAGUGAUAAAGAUUCUAAUCUGA